AAAAACUAAUGAAGCAAAUUGGUGUGAAAAAUGUGAAACUCUCAGAAUAUGAAAUGAGUAUUGCUGCCCAUCUAGUAGACCCUCUUAAUAUGCAUGUUACUUGGAGUGAUAUAGCAGGUUUAGAUGAUGUAAUUACAGAUCUGAAAGACACAGUCAUCUUGCCCAUCAAAAAGAAGCAUCUGUUUGAAAAUUCCAGGCUUCUGCAACCUCCAAAAGGUGUCCUUCUCUAUGGACCUCCAGGUUGUGGUAAAACAUUGAUUGCUAAGGCUACAGCCAAAGAAGCAGGCUGUCGGUUUAUUAACCUGCAGCCUUCAACACUGACUGAUAAAUGGUAUGGAGAAUCUCAGAAACUGGCUGCUGCAGUUUUUUCCCUUGCUAUAAAGCUACAGCCUUCUAUCAUCUUUAUAGAUGAAAUAGAUUCCUUUCUACGAAAUCGUUCAAGUUCUGAUCACGAAGCUACAGCCAUGAUGAAAGCUCAGUUCAUGAGUCUCUGGGAUGGGUUGGACACUGAUCACAGCUGUCAGGCUCUAAAACAGAGAGAAGCAAUCCUGAAACUGAUCUUGAAAAACGAAAAUGUGGAUAGACACGUAGACCUGCUUGAAGUUGCUCAAGAAACGGAUGGCUUUUCAGGAAGUGAUUUAAAAGAGAUGUGUCGAGAUGCGGCCCUCCUCUGUGUCAGGGAAUAUGUUAAUUCUACAGCAGAAGAAAGCCAUGAUGAAGAUGAAAUUCGGCCUGUGCAACAGCAGGACCUGCAUCGGGCUAUUGAAAAGAUGAAGAAGUCAAAGGAUGCAGCAUUUCAGAAUGUUUUAACACACGUUUGUUUAGAUUAAGAGUAAAGAUCAUUUGUCUGUAGUCAGUGUGAUCUAGUUUGGUGUGCCCUGUUAGGGAGACAGAGAGGAAGGAGGAGUGUUCUUUACACAGUGGGAGAGUUAAAAUGCUUACGCACUGGUUUUAUACUCUGAUGAAUUCUAAGUUAUUGGGAUGUAGUUGUUACACAAGCGGUAUUACUGUUUGUCAGAAAUCAUGAGGUGGAACAAUUUAAUCCAGCCUGAGUAUGUGUGCUUGUCUUUGACUUCUUUAGCCAUAUGUUAUUGCAGCCUUAUAGCAGCUAAGCUGGUCUUAAAGGAUUUGUGGGUCAUCAGUGAGAAGUGGGGAUGUAGUUAAGUGCUGGUUCAAUAGAUAGGUGAGUGUGUAUGUGUGUGCGCGCGUGCGUGCGUGUGUAUUAAAUGUAUAUAUUCACACAUUUUAUAUUGACAUUCUGAAGAUAUG